AUGCUUUCUGUUGCCAGACGUUCUACCCCAAGGAUUGCACGUCCCUUGAUGCAAAUUUACCGUUUCAACUCUACAGUUGCUAGCGAAGCUACAACCACAGCUGCUGCCACAUCGACCCCGGUUGCCACUCCAGUAGAUCCUAAAAUUGCUACAAUUGUAGACUCUAUCUCCAAGCUUACUAUCCUCGAGACUUCGCAACUUAUAACUGAAUUGAAAACUAAACUUAAUAUUCCAGAUAUCGCACCAAUGGCACCAAUGGGUGCAUUCGGUGGUGCAGGUGUUGCCGGUGGUGAUGCAGGUGCUAGCGUUGCCGAAGAAGCUCCAAAGGAGGAGGAAAAAUCUACAUUUGCUGUAAAACUUGAGAGUUUUGAUGCUAAGAGUAAAGCUAAGAUCAUAAAGGAGAUCAAAUCUGUCCUUGGUCUUUCUCUUGUGGAAGCCAAGAAGUUCGUCGAAGCCGCUCCCAAGAUUGUUAAGGAUAAUGUCUCCAAGGCAGAUGCUGACGCAAUGAAGGAAACCCUAGAGAAACUGGGUGCUAAGGUCAGUAUGGAAUGA